CCCUCCUUCGCUCCUUCCUCACUCCCUCCCUCCCUCCUUGGUUCAUCGCCGUUUCUCGCGCCAAGCCGAGCCGUUCUCGCGCCGAGCCCGGGACGCGUGCCGCCACGCCGUGCCCCAGCCUGCCGUUGGGGCCGUGCGGCGGCCGCGCGCGCGAUGGCGUCCGCCGCCCUGGCGCCGCAGCCGGAGGAGGGCGCAUUUUUCGUCGCCCUGCGGGCCUGCGAGGAGGAGCACAUGCGCCUGAAGGCCGAGCUCGCCGCCAUGCACGCAUGCCUGGCCGCGUCCGCGGGCGCGCCCGCGGACGGCCCGCCGCCAGCACCCGCGCCCGCGGAGCCCCAGAGCCGGGCGAAGCCGGCCGAGAACGCCACGCCGACGCCCACCGGGGCGCCCGCGGCGCGGGUGUCGAGGGCGCGGAGCGCCCCGCUGCUGACGGGGGCCCCGGGCAGCGCCGAGCCGCGGACAGAGGCCCCCGCGCCGCCGGUGCUCCUCGGGCGCGAGGGCAGCAGCGGUGCGCCCGACGCGAGGGCCAGGAGCGCGUCCUACGCCUCGAUGCUGGGUGGCAGCGGCAUCGUCGCCGUCACGAGCAAGAGCAGUGAGCUGGAGACGCGCCUGGCGACGGCGCGGAACACGAGAAGCCGCGAGCGGUGCGGCUCCUCGGGCGCGCGGCCACCGUCCCACAAGGACUCGCUGGACUCGGGCCUCUCCAGUGCUGUGUACCAGGCCCUGCCGUGCUGGAGGAUGACCGGGACGACCGCCUCUGGGGACCACAGCGUGGUGGACGUCCUCGGCCCUCCACUGACGCGUGCGGCAACCAAGCAGGGACGCCUGCAGAGAAUCAUCAACCUGCGCCUCGGGUCCAGCACUAUGUCCCUGAACGGCGUGAGAGGCUCUGGCAACACGUCCGACAGCGACGGCGCCUGGGACAAGCAGUGCGUCAUGCAUCCCGAGGGCGCUGCCCGGCUCUUGUGGGAUACGGUCGGCGCCCUGGUGUGUUUCUUCGACCUCAUCGUGUUGCCGCUGCAGUUCUUCGACGUGAUGUGGUUGGACGACAUAAGCGCCGUCAUGGAUUGGCUGACCGCCAUCUUCUGGACUGUUGAUAUGUUCCUUUCUUGUAUCACUGGCGUCUACAUCAACGGCAUCUUGCGCAUGCAACGCAGACAGAUCAUGUGUCGCUAUGCGACAACCUGGAUGCCAUUGGACCUGCUGGUGGUUGGGAUCGAGUGGGGGACCUUGCGAUCCGACGACGACGACAACGCAGCAUCGAUGGCCGGUGUGGUACGUGGCUUCAAGUUCCUGCGUUUCUUCCGAUUCUUGCGGUUGGUCAAGGUCCGCGUGAUCAUCAGGAAUCUGGAGCGGCGUUUCAAUUCCGAGGCCCUGCUUCUUAGUCUCAAGGUCUUGAGGCACAUCGCCAGCGUCAUGGUUCUCAACCACGUGCUGGGCUGCAUCUGGUACGCGCUCGGAAACUCGAGCGACGACGGCUGGGUCGCCGAGUACGUCGAGGGCCGCAGCGUCUUGUACAGGUACAUGACAUCGAUUCACUGGUCCAUCUCGCAGUUCCACGGCGCGAUGGAGGUGGCGCCCCAGACGGACAACGAGCGGACCUUUGCGGUCGUGGUGGUGAUCUUUGCCCUCAUCGUCUUCUCCUGGUUCCUGAGCAGCAUGACCAACGCCAUGCUCCAGCUGCAGCAGGUCCACGAGGCGCCCACCAAGCUGAACCGGCAGCUCCUCCAGUUUCUCCAGGAGCGCCGCGUCUCGGGCAUGCUCGCCUCCCGCGUGAAGAAGUUCGUCGACCUGCGCAGCGGCUCGCCGUUUGUGCGCGAGUGCGACGUCAAGCUCCUGGAGAUUAUGCCGGCCAACCUGCUCAUGGACAUCCACGAGGAGGUUUACGCUGCGGUGGUGAGCGUGCACCGGCUCUUCUCCGACAUGUACACGGUGUUCCCAGGGACCGUGCGGCAGCUGAGCCACGAGGCCAUGCUGGAGAAGGUCGAGCAGCCGGGCAACAUCAUAUUCAGCACGGGCGACGCCUGCGGCAGGAUGCUCUUCGUGGAGCAGGGCAAGCUCUCUUACAUGCACGGUGCCCGCAAUGCUGGUAUGCUUCGGUCGAACCCUACGCGUGCCUUCCGGAGGAGCAUCCUCUCUGGAACUGCGCAGCAUUCCGUGACCAGCGGGUGGCGCAAGUUGAGGAGCGGAGUCGCCGAGGUGGCUUCCGACUCUGGGGAGGAACUCAUCGGGAAGGCCCGGUGGAUGAGCGAAGCCGCUAUCUGGACCACAUGGGAGAAUUGCGGCGAGCUGACGUCGAGCGGGCACACCUCCUCGUUGCCGUCAGCGCUGCUGAGUUCGUCCGCGUCGUCAGCCUCUACAGGCAGGCGUACCACUCCUGCUCGCUCUACGCGCGCGACUUCGUGGAGCAGCUCAACGCGCAGGAAGCGCCAUCCGACCUCUGGGCGAGCAGCCCUUGAGCUGCAGCGCGGCCACCUGCGCUGCGCCGCCCCCGCCCACCCUGAAAGCCAUAUGUUGUCAUUUCGAGGCGCUUCGCUCCAGGAUUGCAUGUUUCUUCCUCCCCCAUUGUUUCCUGCCCCCUUCUCCGCCUCCGCCUCGUCGUCAGUUUGUCCUGCGCUGCCUCUUCCAUCGGUGGCGGCUCUAUCGCUCGCCUCUGUGCACCAGAGUACCUCGUGCCCGCCUGCGUCGGCCACAAGUGCCAAAGCGCCCGACGCCCCGAUACGUUUGGAAGAAUCUGCGCACACGACGGAGCGUUCAGUGCCAGAUCGCUUAUGCGCACAUGACGCAGCGUUCAGUGCCAGAGCGCCUAUGCGCACAUGACGCAGCGUUCAGUGCCAGAGCGCUUGGCGUUUUUCUCGAUGCCUGGGUGCCUAGCGCCCUGGACGACGAGGCUUUGCAUAUGACAAGGCGUGCUACAGCACUUGCCGUAGACGAAGACCGACUGCCCUUAUGGCAUCUUUGUGAAAAUGGUCUCCGUUACUGAAUCCUCAUGCUGUUGUGGACUGCCCAAAGACUGGUGCACAUCAUGGGGUCGGCCUCCUCUCCGCACCCGGGCUUGCACUUGUCAUUCGGCGACUCGGGGCA